AUGCGUCUCACGAUUCCGACUCUCGUUUCCUUUGUACUCUGUGCUCUCGCGGCUCCGUCAACACCCCUCGAUGAGCGACAGUCUCAAUGGAUCGGAACUUGCAUCCUCUCUUCGAACACCUGCAACAUCACGUCGCCAGCCGGUCUGGCUGGCCUGAUGGUCAAUUGUGCUGCUGGGGCAGGGCUCGACGGAAGCAUUGGGCGUGGGAAACAUAAUUGCACGAUUGAUGGACAUGCUUGUCAUACGAAUGGACUUUUUUCGGGAGUCUUCUGUGAUUAG